AGGACAAUGCCGGUAACGCCCGGGAAUUUGUCACGGAAUGGGACGAGCUUCCUUGCUGAAAAUCCCAGCAGCAUGGACAAGCCUGGUGAGCAGGGAACUUUGAAUGUCUUCCUGUUCUGCCUGACUUUGAUCAUGGCAUCCACAGCACUCCUGGGCAGCAUCUAUUCCCUCUUUUGCCUGCUGAGGAUGCAGACCAAAAGCACGCUGUCGAUGAUCGUCACCUCGCUGUCCAUAGAUGACUUGAUCAGCAUCGUGCCAGUCAUUAUUUUCAUGCUCACUCAGUGGUCAAGUGAUGUCCUCCCCCAGCCUCUCUGCACCACCUCAGCCCUGAUAUAUUUAUUCCAGGGCAUUUCCAGCAACCUGAAAGGGUCUCUUAUAGUUUCUUACAACUUCUACACCAUCAACAAACCUGAGAAAAGGAGCUGCAGUGCUUCCAAGCGAGGGGUGAGCAUGGUCCAGGCCAUCCUUACCAUCUGGAUUCUCAGUUUGCUGAUCUGCAUUUUGCCUCUCUGUGGCUGGGGCAGCUACAUCCCCACCUCCUGGGGCUGCUUCACCAACUGUGCCAGUUCCUACAUCUUGUUUUUAUUUAUUGUCUACUCACUGUGCUUCUGCCUCCUCACAGUGCUCUCUGUUCCUCUGACUUACCAGCUCUUGUGCUCAGAUGAGCAACAGCUGCUGCACCUUGAGUACCAGGAAAUCUCUCGAGGCUGCAUCACCCCAGGGACUCCUGCAGGCUGCAGCUCUGCUACCCCAUCUCUGUCACUGCUCGACCCUGUGGAGCAGACACUGAGGCAGUUCCCAAGCCCAUGUCCAGGCUCUGAGGCAGUCUGUGGGCAAGGUGUGGCUGAGAGUAGGGCACUGGAGCCUUGCUGCCUGAGGAGCAUGCAGAGCAGGAGCCUCUCCGUGGGCUUUGCCCAGAAACGCUUCUCACUGAUUCUUGCCUUGACAAAAGUAAUUCUCUGGCUCCCAAUGAUGAUCCAAAUGGUCAUCCAGCACAUCACAGGUGUCCCAAGCCUCUCCUUCGAGACACUCAGCUUCCUGCUGACUCUGCUGGCUGCCACGGUCACCCCGGUGUUUGUCCUGUCUGAGCACUGGCUUCACCUGCCCUGUGGCUGCAUCAUUAACUGCAGGAGGAAUUCCUAUGUGAUGUCCUCAGAAGAGCUCAAAACCAAACGCAGGGCGUUCGAAUUCAACCUGUCUUUCCAGCGAGGCUAUGGCAUCUACAAGAUCUCCCAGGAAAACCACCACCGCCACGGCGAUGGUGGAUCUGCCUCCCGUCACAACCUGUUGAGCUGCGGCUGCAACAACUCCCAGGAAGCUCGGCGAGGGAGCUGCUCCGUGCCCGCUCCCGGCACCAGGGCGGCGGAGGACAGCUCCCAGGGCGGCCCUGACGACUUCAGCACCACGGCACUGGACAGCGGCCCCGCCGCCCAGGAGCCCCCGGAGCGGAGCCAGAACGGCCGCGGGGAGGGGGCCGAGAGGCGUCUGUCCCAUGAAGAGAGCCCCCAGCCCCAGCUCACCGACUGGGAGUGGUGCAGGAGCAAAUCCGAGAGGACCCCGCGGCAGCGAUCGGACGGCACCUUGGCUAUCCCUCUGUGUGCCUUCCAGGGCACUGUGUCUCUCCAGGCGCCCACGGGGAAAACCCUCUCCCUCUCCACCUACGAGGUAAGCACUGAAGGGCACAAAAUCACUCCCACCUCCAAGAAGAUUGAAGUCUAUCGAUCCAAAAGCGUGGGGCACGAGCCAGACCCCGCGGAGUCUCCUCACACCUUUGCUGACACCAGCGUGAAAAUCCACCUGGAGGUCCUGGAGAUCUGUGACAAUGAAGAGGCCCUGGACACGGUGUCAAUCAUCAGCAACAUCAGCCAGUCCUCCACCCAGGUCAGGUCUCCAUCCCUACGGUAUUCCCGCAAGGAGAACAGGUUUGUGUCCUGCGACCUGGGGGAAUCUGCCUCCUACUCCCUCUUCAUCCCCUCCAACAACCCCAACAGCGACAUCAACAUCUCCAUCCCAGACACCGUGGAAGCCCAUCGGCAGAACAGCCAAAAGCAGCAGGUGGAAGGGGUUGGCUAUCAGGAGGAAAUCCAAGUGCUGAACAAAGCCUACAGACAGCGGGAAGAAGAUGGCAACAGCAAUUAA